AUGGCCCAGGAGUUUCAGAGAGUAAAGAGGAACGAGUGGUCGCUCAGAGAAAUUCCUCACCACGUGGCUGUCACCCCACCCAGCCAGCCCACUUCUGCAAGCUUUCUCGGAGUGACUGCCUCCCUGUGUUUACCCCCUUCCUAUGGCGAUUACGCAGGACUUAAGAGCAGUGAAUUUGUCCUUGUGGCCCUAGUCAACAGCGCCCUGAGUAAGCAGCUCCCUGGGGACAAAGAGUUUGUAUCAUGGCAGCAGGAUUUGGAGGACUCCGUAAAGCCCACACAGCAGGCCCGACCCACUGUUAUCCGCUGGUCUGAAGGAGGCAAGGAGGUCUUCCUCUCUGGGUCAUUCAACAAUUGGAGCACCAAGAUUCCACUGAUUAAGAGCCAUAAUGACUUUGUCGCCAUCCUGGACCUUCCUGAGGGAGAGCAUCAGUACAAGUUCUUUGUGGAUGGACAGUGGGUUCAUGACCCAUCUGAGCCUGUGGUAACCAGUCAACUUGGCACAAUUAACAACUUGAUCCACGUCGAGAAAUCUGAUUUUGAGGUGUUUGAUGCUUUAAAGUUAGAUUCUAUGGAAAGUUCAGAGACAUCCUGUCGAGACCUCUCCAGCUCCCCACCAGGGCCAUACGGGCAAGAAAUGUACGUGUUUCGAUCUGAGGAGAGAUUCAAAUCCCCACCCAUCCUUCCCCCUCACCUUCUCCAAGUUAUUCUUAACAAGGACACUAAUAUCUCUUGUGACCCGGCCUUGCUCCCCGAGCCCAAUCACGUGAUGCUGAACCAUCUCUACACACUGUCCAUCAAGGACAGUGUGAUGGUACUUAGUGCAACCCAUCGCUACAAGAAGAAGUAUGUCACUACUCUGCUCUAUAAGCCCAUCUGAAGGGACCCCUGAUGCCUCCCGGGAUUCAGGAGAAGCGUCUCCCUAGCCUUUCUGAACUGGACCAGUCUUGCCUGAGACUGGACGCUGACUUGCUUUAAGGCUGAUGUGUGUGUUUCAGAGCCUCUGAGUAGGAUGCUCUGCUUUUGCAUUUGAUUGCAGAUGAGAGCUUUGAGUUCAUGGAAUUUAUUUUAAGAAAAAAUUAUAUAUAUAUAUAUCUAUAUAUAUUCAUAUGAGAGGAAAGUUAAUGGAAGCGUCUAGCUACAAGUAUUGUCUGCCUCUGGUGACUCACCAAGACCUGUUUGGGCAGCUGCAGGAAGCGCCAUGAUAGGAAACUUCCUCAGAUGAACGGACAGCACACGCUUAGGAUCCUUGGUGGGAGGAGGGUCUAAGACAGCUACCGUGGCUGUCCCAGGGAUGGGCUUGUGCCAGGCUACUGUCCCCUUCCUGCUGGCUCCUGGCAGGCAGCUCCUCCUGCAUGGGUGUGCUGUAUCCCCAGAAUGUGGCACAGUCUGUUUUAUGUGAUCCCAGAUGCCUCGCAAGGACCCUCUUCCCUCUCAUUUUGCAUUCUUGCUUUGCUGCUCUUCAGAUCCCAUACUUGACUGCUAACACAAAACUCUUUGGGUAAGUGACCCCUUUCACAGACUGUGGGAAACCUGAGAGACCAGGGCUACCAAAAAGACUCCUCUUUCUGGCUCAGUCCCAGGCCAACUUUUAUUUCCACUUGUGCUAAAGAAAACACGGUUCCACGUUACACAAAAGGCAGACGACCUGUGUUCUUGCUUCUGUUUGGGGCUGCAACGCUGGCUGCACUGGCACAUCCCAUGGGCUUCCCAUCUCGCUGACCCUCCUGGCUCUGCUCUCAGGGUGGACAGCUUUGAAGAUGGGAGUGGAGCCAGGGAAAACAUCCAUCCUUGGAGAUUAUGUGCCUACAUUUUUCUUUAGUUAAAAAACUGCCUUCUCAUUGGUCCUGAGCGACAGCAUAGGAGAAGUUCAGGUUCUUGAAAAGUGAUUUCCACGGUUUUCUCUAGUCUGGCCCGCUACAGGCUUACAGCAGUGUGGUCGACCCUGUGUUCCUCCACUUACAAAGUCACAUAGGCCCAUUCAGUACAUUCCGCAGGUUCCCCAGCUUGAGGUUCAUAAGGCAAUGCAAGGGAGUACCCCUGGUUUUUCCAGCUAUGAAAAUUAUAGCUUCCCUGCACUAAAUGCUAACAAGGUCAUUUUGUUCUUCCGCCUCUACUUUUAAAGUGAUGAGAUGAUGAGAUGGGGGUCAGAGAUUUGGACUGAAAAUAACAGCUAUUCAAACCAUGUUGGGGUUCACAGUUAAACUUUUUUUCCAAGUAUCUGUGGCUCUUCCAUUACAGAUAAAUGCAAGUCAAACAUUCAACACUGAAGGAGACCAAACUUGAUGCUUGAGAGACUCCUUGACUGCUCAGAUGAGCCCUGCCACACUGAAAGGGCACCCACAGGUCAGUUUAGCUACCCCUGGUUUCCCCUUGCACAGCUGGCAACAGUGAGCUCUUCGGGUGUGCCGACCUCCGAGACCCCAGUGUGAAGCAUUAGGACGUGGGGCUGCUGGUUGGCAACGUAGAUUCUUAAGUGCUUUGGCAGCUAAAUGCGGAGAGUAAGCCCUGCAUCAGCCACUCGAGGCCACGUGCCACAGAAAGCUUUGUGGAGAGCCUUUCGUGGCCCCAGCCCCUUUUUGGGAUGGUGUGCCGUUCUCAAAACCCAGGCUAAGUCCUACCAUAUCUAACCAGCUCUCAGGAUCUGAAUCGUCUCCAGUCAUACUAGACUCUUGUUUUUAUCUGAUAUCAAUUAAAUAAGCUGGUCACUUGGCAGGACUCAAAAUUUUUGUAUUGUAUUCAUAUUUCUUGUCAACAGUAUUGCAGUGAAAUUGUCUAUGUAUUCACGUAUUAAAAUUUUUACUCUGUACAGGUAUAUCAGUAGAGUGGGGCAGGAAAAGAACCUUUCAGUUUCUCUCAGGUCAGAGGCUUCUGUGAAUUGGGUCUGGCUCCAAGGACAGUAGGUUUGGGUGCUUCCGAUCUUUCUAAUCCGGAAACACGCACAGGGUGUCCGUUUUGAGGGCAUCUCUCCGCCAGAGGUGAGAUGGAAGCCAGCUGGUGGGUGUGGCAGAGGACGCGAGGCGAGUGGGCAUCAGCUCUUUACGGACUGUCACUCCUCUGUGCUGCUUGCGUGUCCCGCGGCCCUGAGGAGCCUCGGCUCCCUCAGUCUGUCCCCGGAGAGGGUUCUAGGAGGCAGAGAGCGGAGGAGGAAGGCAGUCCCGUGCACAGCCCCAUCACUCUUUCAUGUUAGUGGGAGAGAGAGUUUGGCAGACUUUGGGAAGAAGAAACUUUCAUCUGGCCUGUGGAAGGUUCACAGUCAAGGUGGGUGAGGAAAGGGCUGAGCCCUUAGGAACUGCAUCAUGGUUUUGGGGUGGUGGGGAAAAUUAGGACUGAACUGAAGAGUGAUGCUAGGAAAAUAAAGUAACUCCAGACUGAGAGUUUUCAUCUCUUAAUUAAAUCAAAUGCCAGUCUCGCUGUCUAGACGCGAGAAACAUGCCCCCUCUCUCUCCUGUUUCCUGCUUUCACAUCAUUUAUCCAGCAGGCCUUAUCAGGACCUCAGCAUUUUGCUUAAACCAAAUAAAUGCUCGUCUUUGCCAGCUCGGAGAACGUCCAUAGCGUGGUUCCUAGCUUAUUUGCUUUCAGCUUAGAUUUGAGUGGGUUUAAGCCCCCGCAGGCAACACCCAAAGUGCAAACCUGCCCUUCCCAGCACUAUUUACCUGGCAGGAGAAUUCAAGAGAAGUUUCCAGGAGGGUCCCAUACACCGAGGCUUACUCACUUCCCUCCAACUGUCUCUAAUCUUUUGUAGAUCUACUGAAGCUGAGGUAAAGCCUUUGAAACUGUUGCUGCUAAAGUGAAGUUCAAUUUGGAAAAAAAGCGUUUAACUUUAGGCUGGGUUUAUGUUAAUCUGGAGUUUAAAUGAAUGAGACAUACUAAUAAGUUCCUGCUUUUAAUUGGGGAAAUAGGGCUUUUUAAAUUUUGACCUCAACUACAGAUGAUACACAAUAGUUUAUAUGUGUUUGAAAUAUAUUCUAGUCACAGAGAUUUCUAAAUCUUCUUUUCUCCUUAUUCGGGGCACAUGCUUAACAGACACAGUUUGUUCCUACAUUUUUCUGACUCAUCCUUAAAGCCAGGAUAAAUUCUUGCUCUUUUCUAUCAGAAUCUGCUGACUCUAGUGACUCGUGGGAUAGAUAGCCUGGAGGGUUUGGGGUCUGGGGUCUUUCAAAACUCUGGACCUUGACAUUUCUCUCUCCUUAUCCACAACUCCCAAUUGGAGAUUAAAGGGCUGUGGUUUCUGCAGUGAACCAGACUUUAGGAGUAAAAAGGCCAAAUCUGCUUUAAUGAUAAAAGAAGGGAGGAAAAGUAAGAAACUCAAGAGUCUUAUUCAUAGAAUCCAGUUCCUAACAAUGGACUCCAUCCAGGGUCCUAGCUGGGCUUUGUAUUGAUUUGCUUUUCUCAGUUGUACUUUGAAGUGAGUAAGUCUCAUUAACAAGUUUUUCUUAGGUCCAAAAUUGAAUUACUGCGUGUGUCACAGUGCUUUUAUAGUAAAACUAGAUUGUGUGAAAUACUCAACAUGCUGUGGAUUUUGCAGUCAGCUUAAGUGGUCAGGGAAUACCGAGCGAGCGUCUGUUGGCAGGUGUUCUUCUCUCCAAUUCCACCUACAGUGCAUGGUCCUCACGCUACCCCCCCGCUACCCCCCCCACCUGCCCCCCGUGGCUUCAGGUUAGGCCAAGCGCAGGCAUGGUUUAGUCCUAGUCUCCACACUGGGCCCCAGAUAUGACACCUCUUUGAAUUUUGGAGAAUGUGGAUUGUUACUACACUGAAGCAUUUUGAAGAAGGGCAGCUCUAUUGUAAAUGGAGAGUAAGACAUUCGUUUGAAAGGGAUUAAAUGUGUGAGGCUGCCUUUAAACGGUGCUUUUUGUAACCUCUACUGCUGAGAUACAGAGCUGCUUUUCAACAUUUCACAGAGGAAAGGCACACAGAAAUAGAUGUUAAAGCUUUUCCUAAAUGUGAUUUGUUACUAGACUCUGACAUGUCUGAAAAUUUUGUGAUGUAACACAUACAAAAAUGUGGGUUUUCCCCCAUGAAACUAUUGAAUAAAAGUAUUAUACAGCAAUAGUUGAAUUCUUCCUUGAUUACUCAUUAUACUAGCAAGAUCAGCCUUAGGAUCUAAAGGAUGUAAAUUGUCACAUAAACACAUCUGAAUAAAGACACAGGUGACGCUGUCGUGCCUUCUGCCACUUGCCCUCUUUUCAGAGCCUUGCCUGCACGAGGAGGAGGGAUGCGGACUUGGUGAUCUGACAUUCAGCUCCCUAAGCUGCACACAUAGCUAACAGCUGGAUUCACUGAGCUCCAGCCAGAGCUGCCAUCACUGAGUGCGAGUGCGAGUGCGAGCGGCAACGAACUGCGGCGUGCAGACUUGCGUGGCAUGGCUUUCCAAAGCUUUUCUUCCCGGCCCACUUGGCUUAGGUCUUUUGUUACCAUUCCUUCCAAGUACCCUUCCCCUGCAGCCUGGGCAGGGAGCCCUGGCCCGGUCCCACCCCACAGCCGGUGUGGCCACUGUUCACCCAACAGCAGGAGUGCAGGCUCCCAGCUGUAGAGCAAGGCCUGCAAGUUCCGGCCGGGGCCCGGCGCUCCGGAUCAAAAUUUACAAUUCUUGUGUGUAUUUCUAUAGAGGACAGCAAUGUUGACAUUGUUGAUUAUGACACAGAACUGCUCAGUGACUUCCAGUCUUAGAGAUGGAUACUACUUUUUCCUUACACCAUACCCUUUCUACACCCUAUAAUCUACACCCUAUAAUGAGGCUUCUAAAAAAAAAAACAAAACAUCAAGAGAGCCUCGGUAAA